AUGGAAACCAUCUUGAAGUUGUCCUUCUGCGUCACCCUAGUAGUGGUUGUAUCAUGUGCUCAGGCUUCCGUACCGAGUACGUGUGCCCGCACCGAGUGCCCAACCUACAAAAUGGUAGAAGCCGGAAACGGCUAUGAGAUCCGCAUGUACAACGCUGCGGUCUGGAUGUCCACUGCUCCAAUCCCUGCCUCAUCCAUGACUCAAGCCACCAACACCGGUUUCAAAAGAUUAUUUAGUUACAUUCAAGGAGAUAACAAGAGCAAGACAAGGAUGAGUAUGACAGCUCCGGUGGUCACACAAGUAACCCCCGGAAAAUCAGCCUACACCGUCUCCUUCUACAUCCCCAAGGCAAACCAACAGAACCCACCUCUGGCCGAUGACCUCCACGUGCAGAAAUGGAACCCAACCUACGUUGCCGUGAGGCAGUUCGGUGGGUGGGUGUCGGAUGAUGCAGCCAAGAAAGAAUCUGCAGCUCUUAUGGCUAGCCUCAAGGGCACUAAAUGGAUUGCCCCCGUUGAGAAGACCAAGGGAUAUUUGGUCGCCGGUUACAACGCGCCGUUCGAGAUCAUUGGUAGAGUUAAUGAGAUCAUGGUUCCGUUUAACAUGUAA